AUGCCCAAGACUUUAGAGGGCCAGAUCACCAUGGAGAAGACCCCCAGCUACUUUGUGACCAGAGAGGCUCCGGCCCGCAUCGCCGCCAUGUCCCGGAAAACCAAACUCAUCGUGGUGGUGCGUGACCCGGUGACCAGAGCCAUCUCGGACUACACGCAGACUCUGUCCAAAAAGCCCGACAUCCCGUCUUUCGAGAGCCUGACGUUCAAAAACAGGACUACGGGCCUGAUCGACACCUCGUGGAGCGCAGUGCAGAUCGGUAUUUACGCCAAGCACUUGGACAACUGGCUGCAGCACUUCCCCAUGGAGCAGCUGCUGUUCGUGAGCGGCGAGCGGCUCAUCAGCGACCCGGCCGGAGAGCUGGGCCGCGUGCAGGACUUUCUGGGACUCAAACGCAUCAUCACGGACAAACACUUUUACUUUAACCAGACCAAGGGCUUCCCGUGUCUGAAGAAGGCCGAGGGCAGCAGCAAACCCCACUGCCUGGGCAAGACCAAAGGGCGGACCCACCCCAACAUCCACCCCGAGGUGGUGCGCAGGCUACGGGACUUCUACCGGCCCUUCAACCUCAAGUUCUACCAGAUGACCGGACAUCACUUUGGUUGGCAGCUGUGA